AUGCAACAGCAAUUUUUGCAAGGGCAACGGCUGAAGAAGCGGUACAUUGAUACUUUGAAGUUUAUCAAUGCCACCUAUGAUCCGACAGAGCUGUACGCUCGAUCUGCAGAUACGCCCAGAUGCAUUCAGUCGGCCGCGUCGAAUUUGGCCGCUUUUUACAGCGGAAGCACGCUGCAUCCGCAGAUUGAUGGUUGGCCAGUCAACUGGAUGCCGUACCCUAUUCACUCGGUCCCCGGGCCGGAAGACACGCUCGACGAGGAGGGCUCGAGCGAUUGCAAACGCAUCGGCCUGCUCAGAGGACGUCGGGAGAAGGAUACUGGUUAUGUGCAGUACCUUUUGAAAAACCAGGAUUUCCUGAAUCAACUGACCACCUGGGCCGGGAUGCCGAUCAAUGACGCCUACAGCAUCAAUAAGCUUUGGGACACGCUCUAUUGUCAGCGCGCGCACAACAUGACGAUGCCACCGUGGCUGAGCGACUCGAUUUGGUCGAAGCUGAACGAGAUGUUCAUCUACACCGACGAUUAUUUGGAUGGGAGCGCCGUGCCCGGGAUCGGCAACAACGAGAACACGGAGCUGCUAGCGCUGCGGAGCGGAGAGCUGCUCGGCCAGAUGCUGUCCAGCAUGACGGAUGCCGUCAACAACAAGCCGCACUGGAAAUUCCACGUCUACUCGGCUCACGAUUCGACGAUCACCGCCCUGCUGCGCAUCUACCACAAUAUGUACAGUGUUCUCGGGGUGAACAACCCGGGCUACGCGUCGCAUUUGGUGCACGAGCUGUGGAAGGAUACGAGUGGACAGUAUUACGUUCAGGUCCUAUUUUCGGAUGGUCCCUACACGGAUUACCGCUCCAUCACGUACACGCUGGACGAGUGCUCGCACUACGCGUCUGGAUGUCCGUGGAAAAUCUUCAACCAGGGCUACGCCUCCUACGUAAUCCCCAACUUUUGGCAGCGCUGCGCCCAGACGAAC